UGUCCCUAGGAUCGGAUGACCGAUCAACGGAAAGAGCCAAAGACGUCGGCUCUGUCAUGUGAUCAGCUGUGGCACUGAUGAUCAGUGUGUUUUGAUGAUCAGUGUAGCCCCAUCAGUGCCAUCUGUCAGUGUCCAUCAAUGCCACCUGUCAGUGCCCAUAAAUGUCACCUGCCAGUGUCCAUCCGUGCCACAUCAAUGCCACAUAUCAGUGCCUACCAGUGCACAUCAAUGUCACAUAUCAGUGCCCAUCUGAGCUGCCUUUCAGUGCCACCUAUCAAUGCCAGUCAGUGCCACCUAUCAAUGCUAGUCAGUGCCACCUAUCAGUGCACAUCAGUGCCGCCUAUCAGCGCCCAUCAG